AUGCUGACGUGUCAGAUUUUGGUUUGUGAUUAUCCCAAAAUCAACAAAGCAUGUCUAGAUAUUUUUCCUAAGCCUAGGCAUGUUGCUUGGGUUCUUAAGCUCCUCCGGGCACUUUGCAAAACAAAGUUCUUGUGGCUGCAAGAUUCAACAAUCGAGUGCUUGAUUCGUGCACCAGUUCUAGACCUUCCCGACUUUUGCAAUUUGAUUCAGCUGCAACUUGAUUUUUAUAGUUUCAAGAGUAGGCUUCUAAUAGACUUGCUUCACAAUUGUCCUAAGCUUCAAGCUCUAAAAAUUUAUAUAUCUGAGUUCAUUGAUGCUGAUGAUGUUGAUUUGUGCGGGUCUUACCUAAACUCCCAUAAAUGCAAUGGUUGGACACAGCCACUCAGCGCUCCUAACUGUAUUGUAUCACAUUUGAACACUGUUGAAUAUCGAGGAUAUCUAAACACUCCAGAGGAGCAUGAAUUUACUGCAUAUAUUUUACAAAGAGGACUUGUUUUAAAGACAAUGAGAAUUCAUGCUAAACAUAACCUACGCUUAGAAUGUGGAAUUUACAAGGCAUUAUCUGAAAUCCAAAGGGUCUCUAGCAUGUGCCGACUUGAAGAAGACUCUCCUAUGAUGGGGUUCAGGGAUGGCCUGGUGGUUCGAAUAGGUGAGGAGGAUGCUAGGGCUCUGGAAGUGAUACCGUCGCCAGAGGAAAUCAGAGAGGCCGUCUGGGACUGUGAGUCCUCCAAAGCGCCAGGGUGUGACGGAUACAACAUGAACUUCAUCAAGCGAUGUUGGGAUGAGAUUGGCCCUGAAUUCACAGCUGCAGUGUUGGGGUUUUUCCAGACGGCCAGGUUGCCGAAGGAUGCCAAUAUCACUUGGGUGGCGUUGGCACCUAAAUUCAUAGGUGCGAAGGAGAUUAAAGACUUGCGACCUAUCAGUAUGGUGGGGUGUGUGUAUAAGGUUAUCUCAAAGGUGCUAGUUAGGAGGAUGAGGUCAGUGAUGCCAGCAUUGGUAGGAGAGACCCAGAGUGCGUUUGUACAGGGAAGGAAAAUCCAUGAUGGGGCGCUUAUUGCGUGUGAAACAGUCAGUUGGCUUAAACUGAGGAAAAAAGAGGCUGCCCUAAUUAAGCUUGACUUCCAAAAAGCAUAUGACAGGGUUAAGUGGAGCUUUGUAAACAUUGUUCUGCAGAAGAUGGGUUUUGGGCAUACAUGGAGAGCAUGGGUGAUGGAGUGUGUAGCCACUGCGUCUAUGUCGGUACUGAUAAAUGGAUCGCCAUCUAAGCCUUUCAACAUGGAAAGAGGGUUGAGACAAGGGGACCCACUAUCUCCGUUCCUGUUUGUACUGGUGGUGGAUGUAUUGCAUCGAAUGAUUGGAGAGGCAGUCAGAAAUGGUCGUAUAUCACCGUUACUGGUUGGUAGAGAUAGUGUAGCAUUGUCACAUCUUCAGUUUGCUGAUGACACUAUUCUCUUUUGCCCACCAGAAGAGGAGACCAUAAAGAAUUACAAGAGGCUUCUGAGAGUUUUCGAGUUGAUGUCAGGCCUGACUAUCAAUUUUGAUAAGUCUAGUUUGAUUCCAAUUAAUUGUGAGGAGCAAUGGGUCGAUCGUAUGUGUAAUCUACUGGGGUGUAAGGGGGAUGCCCUCCCAGUCAAAUACCUUGGAAUAUCUCUAGGAGCUAAUCCGAGGUUGGUGAAGACAUGGAAGCCUAUCAUAGAUAAGGUGGAGGAGAAACUCAGCCUGUGGAAGGCCAAGGUGCUAAACAAAGCUGGGAAGUUGGUUCUUAUCAAAUCUGUGUUGAACAGUCUGCCAGUGUACUAUUUGAGCUUGUUCAAGAUGCCGAAAGCUGUUGCUGAGAAACUGAUUUCAUUGCAGAGAAGAUUCCUGUGGAGCUCAGAAGAGGGUAGGACUGGUAUGGCAUUAGUAAGGUGGGAAGUGGUACAGGCACCGAAGAAGUUAGGUGGGCUGGGAGUUGGAGAUGCUGUGGUUCGCAACACAGCGCUGUUGUUUAAGUGGUGGUGGCGUUUUGCUAAGGAGGAUUGCCCACUAUGGAAAAAGGUUGUAGUUUCUUGUCAUAACCUAAACCCAAAUGAGCCUCUGUUGACUCAGAACCCGCCUACUAGAGGAGGACCAUGGAAGGAUAUUUGCCAGUUACAUAUCAGGAACCAACAUUUAAGGGAUAAGAUGAUCACAGGCCUAUCCAUGGAGGUUGGAGAUGGAUGUAGGACACGAUUUUGGGAGGAUGCAUGGGUGCUUGGUGGACCUCUGAAGAACCGCUUCCCGAGGCUUUUCUCUAUUUCAAACCAGUGUGAAUCCUUUAUAAGCAACUGUGGGUUUUGGGAUGGGAUUGAGUGGAUUUGGAACUUCCAAUGGAGGCGAGAGCUCUUCCAAUGGGAGUUGGAACUCCUGAGUGCGUUGCAUGAGAUUUUGAGACCUGUGAAAUUAGUUCAUAACAGAGAGGAUAGAGUGGUGUGGAAAUAUGAUAGGCGAGGUGUUUUUACAACUAACUCAUUUGUGCAGGUGAUGCAGGAGGAACUGAUACCAGCAGAGGUAACUAGUUACAGCUUUGCCAGAACUGUCUGGAAGGGGUUGGUCCCGCCUAGAGUGGAGCUGUUUGUCUGGUUUGUUCUGAUAGGAAGAGUGAAUACAAAGGACAGGUUGAGCCGGUUUGGAAUCAUCAGUCCAGAGGAUGUUACUUGUGUUAUUUGUAACAACGAGGUGGAGGAUGUACAUCACUUGUUUUUAGGGUGUGUAUUCGCCUGGCAGGUAUGGAGUGCUUGGAUCUUAGCCUUUGGCCGACGUUGGUCUUACCCGGGAUCGGUGAAAGAACACUUUCUUAGCUGGACAGAAGAACCGAGGAGAAAGGAAGAGCGUAACCACCGGUUGAGGUGCUUCUGCGCAAUCGUCUGGAACUUAUGGAUGGAAAGAAAUAGACGAAUUUUUCAGCAAACAAGCAAAGGAGUUGAAGAAAUUAUCAACAUGUCUUCAAAUAGUACUAACGAGUGGAGUGGUGGGGAUCCCUUCAGUUGUUGA